AUGCUAGCCAAUUCAUGCCGUGGCCUUUGCGCCACUAUAGCCGUCCUCCCAGCGGGACCCCGCUCCGCUCGUAGUCUUCCGCAGCCAACACACACCUUCUACCGCCAAAGAAUACAACACAGCUACCUCCUCCCCCUUCUCAGCAACAAUGGAGCCGGCAUUGCCCAUUUCUCUAGUACACCGGGCCGCCCGAAACCACCUCCUACCACCUCCACCUCCACCACAGCUACCACCACCGUCCAACCUGUCACCAUAACCUCCCCCCUAAACCCCCCAUUAUCCACCCUCCCAGCCCCCCUUUCCCUCCCCGAAAAAGACCCCAGCGCCAACAAGGCAAAAUACUACUUCGCCCUCGGCAAAGCCUACCUCUCCUUCUACAAAACCGGCCUUAAAAACGUUUACUAUAACUACCGCGCCGCCCUCCCGCUCCGCAGCCGCCUAGGCCUCUCGCUACUCCUCCCCACCUCCCCUCCCCCGACCGUCUACGCCGUCAAACACAUCAACAACGCCGCCAUGCUGCGCAUGUACGCGAAGAAAGUUUCUCGCAGCGAGUUCCAGCUCAUCCGCCGCGCGGCGUACGACGUGCGCCGCAUGAUUCCGUUCUCACUCAUCUUGCUGCUGUGCGGGGAGAUGACGCCGUUUGUCGUGCUGGCGCUGGGCAGCGUGGUUACGCCGUUUACGUGUCGGGUGCCGCGGCAGGUGGAGAAGGAGCGGGUUAAGGCGUGUUUGCGGAAGGAGAAGGCUGUGAGGGCGGCGGAGGUGGAUGGGGCUGCCGCUGCUGCUGCUGCUGCUGCUGCUGCCAAUGGUGCGAAUGGCAUUGAUACUGUAAAAGCGACUGCCAUUGCGAAUCUAGAUGUGCUACUUAAUGCCACGGCGAUACCGCAUACGGUGGAUAUUAACGGGCUGAUUAACCAUGCGUCGACGGCGGGUGUUUUGAGGGCGUGUGCGGUUUUCAGGCUAAGUCGGGGCCAUGAGGUGACUGGUAGUUCUUUUUUGCCUGGGUUUCUCGUGGCAGAGAUUGUUAAUCAGAUCUAUCGGCCGAGGUUGAGGAAGUGGAUGAGAUAUCUUGAGGUGGAUGAUUGGUUGAUUGUGAAGAAUGGAGGGGUUGAGGGAAUGAGUGCGGAGGAGGUUAGGAUUGCCGUGGAGGAGAGGGGUGGGGUGGAUGUUUCGGUUGGGUUGAAGGAAGGUGAGGCGGAGGCGGCAGAGCGGAGAUGGUUGGAAAAUUGGGUACAGGGGAGAGGCGGGGAGAAGAUGGUUGAGAGGUGGGAUGUGGAGUUGACUGAGUGA